AUGGUUAGAACUUUGUGCCUGCUGCCUGCUCUGUGGCUCUUGGGAUGGAUACAGCUGCUUCUGGUUCCUGGUGGUGGUCCCCCUGUCUGGGCCCUGAACCUGGAUGCUGCACAGCCAGCCUUCUAUGUGGGCCCCAAUGGCAGCCAUUUUGGAUUUGCUCUGGAUUUCUACGAGGAGGGCUAUGGCGGCGUUGGCAUCGUGGUGGGAGCCCCAAGGGCUGUAAGCCCCCAGGGGGAGGAGACUGGAGGUGUGUUCCUAUGUCCCUGGGCAGCCCAGGGGAGUACCUGCAGCCCCCUGACCUUUGACCUCAAGGAUCAGACCAGCAAAGUGGGCUCCAUCACCUUCAAAACCUACAAGACCAAGCAGGGGCUUGGUGCAUCCGUUGCCAGUUGGAAGGACAACAUUGUGGCGUGCGCUCCCUGGCAGCAUUGGAACGCUCUGGAGCCGACUGACGAGGCCGGAAAGACACCCGUCGGGAGCUGCUUCGUGGCCCACCCCAAGAGCGGCCGUCGGGCAGAGUAUGCGCCAUGCCGGGAGAAUGCCAUGAACCAGCUCUACCUGGAAGACUACCGCAGAGAUUUGCGCUACUGCGAAGUAGGGUUCAGUUCCACGAUCACCCAGUCUGGGGAGCUGGUUCUGGGGGCUCCAGGAGGCUACUAUUUCAUAGGUUUGCUAGCCCGGGCUCAGCUUUCUGACAUCAUGUCCAGCUAUACCCCAUCCUCACUUCUCUGGACCGUGCCCUCCCAGCGCCUGAGCAGGGAUGAUUUUACUCGGGAGUACCGAGAUGCCUACCGGGGGUACUCGGUGGCUGUGGGAGAAUUUAAUGAAAACCCUAAAGAUACAGAAUAUGUACUGGGUACCCCCAACUGGAGCACAACACUGGGAGCGGUGGAAAUUUUUUACCAGAAUCACAGCAUCCUGCAUGUUCUUCAAGGAGAUCAGGUUGCAUCAUACUUUGGGCACACAGUGGCUGUGACUGACAUCAACAGGGAUGGGAAGGAUGACCUGCUGGUAGGUGCCCCACUCUUCAUGGAGCACAGAGCCAACCGAAAGCUGGCAGAAGUAGGGCGAGUAUAUAUCUACCUGCAGCUGCGAGCCCCACAUAUCCUGGGCAACCCCAGGCAUCUGACUGGCACAGAGUUAUAUGGGCGUUUUGGCUCAGCUAUUGCUCCUCUUGGUGAUCUGGACCAGGAUGGGUACAAUGAUAUAGCAGUAGGUGCCCCAUUUGGGGGCCCCAAUGGACAGGGCCGAGUGUUUAUAUUCCAGGGACAGGAUGAGGGUCUCAGCCCACGACCAUCGCAAGUUCUAGAUAGCCCUUUCCACCAAGGUUCUGGCUUUGGCUUUGCCCUGAAAGGGGCCACCGACAUUGAUGCUAAUGGAUACCCAGACCUGCUGGUGGGAGCAUUUGGAGCCAGCCAAGUAGCUGUAUACAGGGCCCAGCCUGUGGUGUUGGCCACUGUCCAAUUACUGGUGCCAGAGGUACUGAACCCCGCUGUGAAGAACUGUGAACUUCCCAACCCAAAGGCCACAGUUGCAGUCAGCUGUUUCAAUAUCCAGAUGUGUAUAAGCAUCAGUGGACACAACGUCCCCAAGAAGCUCCGCAUAAAUGCCGAGCUGCAGCUGGACCGGUUGAAACCACGACAGGGUCGGCGGGUGCUAUUGCUGGGUUCUCUGCAAUCAAGCACCACUCUAGAAUUAGAGCUAAGCAGCGGGCAUAUCCCCAUCUGCCAUGAUGCCAAGGCCUUCUUGAGGGAUGAGGCUGAAUUCCGGGACAAGCUGAGCCCCAUCGUGCUCAGCCUUAACGUGUCCCUAAAGAACGAGGGGGCUGGAGGCCCCCUGCCCCUCGUACUGAAUGGAGACACUCACGUACAGCAGCAGACUCGCAUCAUACUGGACUGUGGGGAAGACGACCUAUGCGUGCCCCAGUUACAACUCAGUGCCAGCAUGACAGGUUCACUCUUCAUUGGGGCAGACAAUGUGCUGGAGCUGCGAGUGAACGCCUCCAAUGAGGGUGAGGGUGCCUAUGAGGCUGAACUGGCAGUACAUCUGCCCCAAGGCGCCCAUUUCAUGCAGGCCCAGAGUGACGUCAAGAACUUUGAGAAACUACUUUGUAUCCAGAAGAAGGAGAAUGAGAGUCAGUUAGUGCUGUGUGAACUGGGCAACCCCAUGAAGAAGGAUGCCAGGAUGGGAAUCCUGAUGCUGGUGAGUGUGGGAAACCUGGAAGAAGCUGGGGAUGGUGUCUCCUUUAUGCUGCAGAUUAAGAGCAAGAAUAGUCAAAAUCCCAACAGUGAAGCUUUUCGCCUGGAGGUCCCAGUCAAGGCCAAAGCCCAAGUGGACCUGUUUGGGAACUCUUUCCCAGCUUCUGUGGUGCUCUCCUCGCCCCCUGAGGAGACCCAGGGGAACAAGGACCUAAUAACUGUAGACUGGAGUAGCUACAACAUGGAAGAUACGUCCAAGGUGGAACAUGCAUUUGAGCUUCAAAACCAGGGUCCAGGGACAGUGACUGGGCUUCGGCUUUGGGUAGGCUUCCCUAGCCGUUCCCAGAAUGAUGACCUGCUCUACGUGCUGGAUGUUCAGGCCCAAGGGGGCCUCCAGUGCUCUGCUCAGCCUCCUCCCAAUCCCCUCAAUCUCAAAGUUGGGCAGCUUACCCCUGCUCCCAGCUCUGCCCCCACCCACCCUUUCCAGCAUGAACGAGAGAAGAGGAAUGUUUUUACCCCAGAGCAUCUAGGGCCCUCUGGGCUCCAAGAACCGAUAGUCCUGGACUGCGAUGCUUGGCACUGUACCUGGGUGGAGUGUGAGCUGAAGCAGAUGGAGCGAGGCCAGCGGGCCAUGGUCACCAUAUCUACCAUUCUAUGGAUGCCUGGCCUCCUCAAGAGGCCCUUGGAACAGUUUGUCCUGACGUCUAAAGCCUGGUUCAACGUCUCCAAGCUGCCCUACGACGUGCCUGCCGAGAGCCUGCCUCAUGGAGAUGUUGUGGUGGAGACCAAGCUGCUUCGAGUACGCCUGGAAGAAAGGGAGAUUCCCACCUGGUGGGUGGUCGUGGGCGUGAUGGGUGGCCUGCUUCUGCUGGCCUUGCUCAUCCUUGUAAUGUGGAAGGUUGGCUUCUUCAAAAGGAAUCGCCCACCCCUAGAAGAAGAUGAAGAAGAGGAAUAGAAAAAUCCUUCCUCGCCUCCCUCCCUCCUACUUUGAAGGGCCUGUUCUCUUCCUUGGGUUUGUUGCCCUGGUUGCCCUUCCUUCCCUCCAUUGGCUGUAUCCACCUGCCCCCAUCCCUAAAGCCACUCUUUGUGUUGAACCUGGCCAGACAAGCCCUCCCAAAUCUAGGCUUCUCUUGCCAUUCUCCCUUCGACACAGGUCUUUCUGAUUUUGUCAUGAUCCCCAGAAAGAUGAACCCCAAUAAAUGAA